AUGUCCGAUAAUCGCUUCAGCAGCUCUGAAAAUGACUGGAAGUCGAAAUUGACGGAUGCUGAGCUUCAAGCUCGAGAAGUUGAGGAGCUCUACCAAACGUUCCAGGAAAAGAUGAAGUUCCUUGAAAACUACGUUGAUGCCACUGACGAGAUGCGUGAGAAUUGCCGAAAAGUGGCACAAGAGUCUCUCUUUUCUGAGAUCGGUCGACUCUCCGAUCCAGAUCGAGCCAUGGAGAGGAUUCGCGGGCUUUUAGAGAACCAGUCUGGCACUCGUCGAGCUCCGGAGCUUCUUCGUCUGAUAGAUGGAGUUUUUGACGCAUUUGAGAACGUCGAGUGUUACAUGGUACCCCGUCCAUCCGAGCACGUUCUCCGAGCGAGUGGAGAGAUUCGAGCGGGCGAUUGCGGAUCCGAUUUCUUGAUGGGCCUUUGUGGAGCCGCUAAUCACGUUCUCAACAAUCUCGUAGCGAAAAAGGUGAUGGGAACGGAGUUGACUGGGAGUACGCUGAAGCAAUAUGUUGAGGCUUGUGGGAUCGGCAUUGCCUUAAAUGGAGAUGAAGAUGAUUUGAUUAAUUGUUUCAAGCCGGAUGGACCGAUUCCUUCAGGAUUGCAGGCGAUGAGAAAUGCUCGGACAGAGACGGAAAUCGAGGACCUCUUGGAGCCACUCGCAUCGACGGGAUUUCAAGGACAUCGAGGAAUUGAUGAUCAAGAAAAUGAUGAAUUCAUUGAUUCGGAUAACCUCGUCGAGCACAUCAGAGACAAUCAUCACAAGGCGAUCGGAUCGGCUUUCGCUGCUACCUCUCAGCUCUACUUCGAGAAAGCGAGAUCCGCCUCGAAUGAAACCUUCGCAAAACUCUAUGAACAACUCGUUCGUUUACACAACCAUCGCCCGAUCAAACCGAACGAGUACAACGAGGCGAUUCAGCACAUCGUUGAAGAGACUUUUAAGGAGUAUCAAACCCAUCCGCUUUUCGGUUCAACCGAGCUAAAAGCAAAGGAAUUCGAGAGUUUCCAACGGUCAUUGCUGGACCGAUGCCACGAGAAAGAGGAAAAUAAUCGGCAACGCUACAGAGAUGUGCAAAUGGCCGAUGCUGUUAAUGGAUCCUAUGAGAUUUAUGAGAAAGAGAUGAAGCCAGACUUCUUGGAGACUCUUCUCGGCAAUAAAGAAAAAAAGAUCAACUACGUCAAUGAGCGCCACGCAAACGCUUUCCCAAUGGCGAUGGAUAACUUU